GCGCUGGAGCAUGUCAAUGCCCGACUUCUUGAGCUGUACCCUGAUGAUGAAGAACGAUUUGAUAUUGUCCUGAUGACUAAUAACCAUGCCCAAGUAGGAGUGAGACUCAUAAACAGCAUCAAUCACUAUGGUUUAACAAUUGAACGUUUCUGUAUGACGGGAGGAAAAAGUCCUAUUGGUUACCUGACUGCCUAUCUUACAAACUUGUAUCUCUCAGCAGACUCUGAAAAAGUGCAAGAAGCUAUAGAAGCAGGCAUCGCAUCAGCUACAAUGUUCACUGCCAACAAAGAUGUUGCUUACUCGGAUACACAGUUGAGGGUGGCAUUCGAUGGGGACGCAGUUCUCUUUUCUGAUGAAUCAGAACAGAUUGUCAAAGAGCAAGGAUUAGACAGAUUUUUUGAACAUGAACAGCUGAAUGAAAAUAAGCCUCUUGCACAGGGUCCUUUGAAAGGUUUUCUGGAAGACCUAGGGAAACUCCAGAAGAAGUUCUAUGCCAAAAACGAACGAUUAAAUUGUCCCAUAAGGACCUUCCUGGUCACAGCCAGAAGCGCAGCAAGCUCUGGAGCCAGAGUGCUGAAGACUCUUCGUAGCUGGGGGCUGGAGAUUGAUGAGGCACUUUUCCUAGCAGGAGCUCCUAAAGGCCCGAUCCUCGUGAAAAUCCGCCCUCACAUUUUCUUUGAUGACCAGAUGUUUCACAUCGAAGGAGCACAGAAAUUGGGCACCAUCGCUGCUCAUGUUCCCUAUGGCGUUGCUCAGAAAUACCACAAGGCUGCAUGACUGGGUGGUUCUUAAGUCAGCCAGCCUCUAAUAUAGCAAUAGUUAUGUCUGAAAACCUCUAAAUUUGUAUAUUGUAAGCACUGUUUAAAGAUUUAACUUCUGGCUAGAACAGCCUUUAGAGGAAAUAUUUUUAAUAUAGGUACAUUUUUAAUAGAGUUAUUUUAAUAGCAUUCUUAAGCUGCUUAGAUUUUUUACCUGUUUGGAUCUAAUAAUGUGGUUUUGAUCUUAGGAAAAGAUUUGUACUGUUUUUAUAGCUUGAGACAUAUUUUGAGAGACAGAGAAAAUAGUUAUAUUUUCUCUAAAAAACUGCUGCUGGGUUAUUUAUAACAAAAAUCAUGCUGCGAU